GAGGGGCGGGCGCCGCGCCUUGGCUCUUUGUGCUGGAACAAUGACCAGCUGCCGCCGGCCCUCGGGCCCCGGCAGGGACAGACGAUGACCCGCUCGACGAAUCUCGAGCCGACCGAGUCACCCAACACAAACGCAGUUGUGGGGCCACUCUGGGAGGGAUCCUGGGCGCCACCGUGCAGCCCCUGCGUGCGCCCUGGCGAGCACGCGUGACGCGGGGUGCUUGCGCGUAUCCGCGCCCGGGGCGGGGACGCCCCUCGGACCCCUCCCCCGCUCCGCGCGCACCGCCCACUCGGGCCGGGCGGGGGCUGGACGGGGCCGGGGGCGCCGGCUAGGCGGAGGCGGGGCCGGGCCGGGCAGCUCCGAGUGGCCGCGCGCGGGCUGGAGCGGGCGGCGCGCCUGUGGAGUGCUAGGGCGGCCCGGGGCUGAGCAUGGAGCAGCGCGGCGGAGGGGUGCUCUGAAGAUCAACUAAAGCGGGAAGGUUUGUAAAGGUGGACACUUGGACAGGCCCUAUAUAGGCUCCCUUAGUCCUAACUGAGUGGAUGGCAGAAGCUAGGAGUUGUCAUGGAAACAAGUGUAACCAGCAUCAACCUCUGGGAGGUUGCCCUGGAGGCCCCUGGCCAGGCCUGAGCCUCUGCCACCAUGGCCAUUGUGCACACUCUGCCAGUGCCACUGGAGCCCGCACGUGAGACAGCCACUGCCCCACAAGCUCCAGCAAUGGGUAGCGUGAGCAGUCUUAUCUCAGGCCGGCCCUGCCCUGGGGGAUCUGCUCCUCCACGCCACCAUGGUGUCCCUGGGCCCACCUUCUUCCGCCAGCAGGAUGGGCUGCUACGGGGUGGCUACGAGGCUCAGGAACCACUCUGCCCAGCUGCGCCACCCAGGAAGGCUGUCCAAGGCACCAGCUUUACCUAUAUCAAUGAGGACUUCCGGACAGAGUCACCUCCCAGCCCAAGCAGUGAUGUUGACGAUCCCCGAGAGCAGCGGGCAAACAAUGCCCACCUCCGUGGGCCCCCACCAAAGCUCAUCCCAGUCUCUGGAAAGCUGGAGAAGAACAUGGAGAAAAUCCUGAUCCGGCCAACAGCCUUCAAGCCAGUGCUACCCAAACCUCGGGGGGCACCAUCCCUACCUGGCUUCCUGGGUCCUCGAGCUGCUGGGCUGUCUGGGAGUCAGGGCAGCCUGACACAGCUGUUUGGGGGGCCAGCCUCCUCCUCCUCUUCCUCUUCCUCCUCUGCUGCUGACAAGCCCUUGGCACUGAGUGGCUGGGCUAGUGGCUGCCCAUCCGGGACACCGCCAGACUCUGGUCGCAAUUCUUUAUCCAGCUUGCCCACCUACAGCACCGGGGGUGCUGAGCCAACCACCAACUCUCCAGGUGGGCACCUGCCCUCCCACGGCCCCAGCCGAGGGUCACUGCCUGGUCCAGCCCGAGGGGUCCCUACUGGGCCCUCCCACUCGGACAGUGGACGAUCCUCCUCCAGCAAAAGUACGGGUUCCUUGGGGGGCCGUGUAGCUGGGGGUGUCUUGGGCAGUGGUGCCCGGGCUUCCCCUGGCAGCAGUUCCGGUGGAGACCGCUCUCCGCCCCCUCCGCCCCCUCCGCCCCCUUCGGAUGAGGCCUUGCUACACUGUGUCCUGGAAGGGAAACUUCGAGACCGAGAGGCAGAGCUGCAGCAUCUGCGGGACGGUAUGGAGGAGAGUGAGGCUACCGUGUGUCAGGCGUUUGGAGCGCGGCAGAGGCACUGGCCACGGGAGCGGGAGGACUGUGCAGCCCAGGCGCAGCAGGCCACACAGCGUGUCCAGCGGGCUCAACAGCUACUGCAGCUGCAGGUGUUCCAGCUGCAGCAAGAGAAGCGCCAGUUGCAGGAUGACUUCGCACAGCUGCUGCAGGAGCGAGAGCAGCUGGAGCGCCGCUGCGCUACCUUUGAGCGGGAGCAGCGGGAACUCGGGCCGCGGCUGGAGGAGACCAAAUGGGAGGUGUGCCAGAAAUCCGGUGAGAUCUCCCUGCUGAAGCAGCAACUGAAAGAAUCUCAGGCGGAGCUGGUACAGAAGGGCAGUGAGCUGGUGGCACUGCGCGUGGCCCUUCGAGAGGCCCGGGCUGCCUUGCGGGUCAGUGAGGGUCGGGCCAGGGGCCUGCAGGAGGCAGCCCGAGCUCGGGAACUCGAGCUAGAGGCCUGCUCCCAGGAGCUACAGCGGUACCGCCAGGAGGCUGAGCGGCUCCGGGAGAAGGCUGGGCACUUGGAUGCUGAGGCAGCGGGACUCCGGGAACCCCCUGUACCCUCCGUGCCCCCGGCCACCACUGACCCUUUCCUCCUGGCAGAGAGUGAUGAGGUUAAGGUGCAGAGGGCAGCAGCUGGGGCAGGGGGGAGCCUGCGGGCUCAGGUGGAACGGCUGCGCCAAGAGCUACAGCGGGAACAGCGGCGAGGAGACGAGCAGCGCGACAGCUUUGAGGGCGAGCGGCUGGCCUGGCAGGCGGAGAAGGAGCAGGUGAUCCGCUACCAGAAGCAGCUGCAGCACAACUACAUCCAGAUGUACCGGCGCAACCGGCAGCUGGAGCAGGAACUGCAGCAACUCAGCCUGGAGCUGGAGGCCCGUGAGCUUGCUGACUUGGGCCUGGCUGAGCCAGCCCCCUGCAUCUGUCUGGAGGAGAUCACUGCCACUGAAAUUUAGAGCUUUGCAAGGGGAGAGCCACAGGACCACCUGGGUCCCCGGAUCCACUGAGCACUCCAGGUCCCAGAGCCAAAGGGCCUCUGCCAAGCGUUCGGGUGGCCUUGUGACUUGAGUUCCGUUUCGCUGUCACCCAGAGGCUCCUACCCACACCACCAUUUCACUCCCGGGCUGUCAGCGCCACUGCCAGCCUUGUUUGCCCACAGAUGUUUGCGGGGCUACCCCAUCUCCACAUUCUACCUGCCUGAAGCCAGAGAGAGCCAGAUGGCACCAGCUGCUCCAGAUGUGCCUGCCCCCAACAUGCCCACGAGGAGGGGCGGGGCUAGGACUGGGGUCUGAUCCCUAUGUCCAGCUCUGCAAGCCCCUUCUGGGCUGAGGGGGCUGAAGUCAGACCAAAGGAAGAACCCAGCAAUGUCUUGUUUAUUUGUGUUUGUGACCAAGCAGCCCCUCCUGUUACCAGGUUUAUGGCCUCAUUUUCACUUGUAUAUUUUUCACAUGUAAAUUUCUUGUACAAACCCAAAGAAAACAUUUAAAAAAAAUUGUUUUUUUAAAAAAGUAUGCUGGAUAAAGAACCACAGGGAACUUGUUUGACAUCUGUCCGGGAACAUCUGUCCCCUCUGCUUGCUGGCUCCUCCUCGACCUCAUGAAGUUCUUGCAGGGAGGAAGGGUGAUAGGGUUAACCCAGCGGAGUCAGAGGUCCUCGUGGAUCACAACGUGAGUCUUAACCAGGUUUGAGGAGUUAGAAAAGCUUUCCAUCCUGUUCUUUGCACCGAGUGCUGCUUGAGACUGGGGAAUGGAUGCAGUGACCUCCUUGAGGACCCUCAGAGUAUGGGAAGCCAGAGGCAUCAUCAGCCUCACAACUUCAGACUUGAGGUUCUCUGUCCCCUCACUGUGAAGCGGUCCAGGACCAGGGAAUGCAAAUGACACACA